AUGAUUUCAAAUUUGGAAACUCAAGAUCUCCCACCCGAAUCCUUCUUAGUACACAAGGAACACGAGCUUGAUUGGUUCAACCGCAAUGCCUUCCUCGAGCGAAAAGGUUCGACCAAGAUCAGCUUCUCCGGCAGCAGCAACUUGAAUUCCAUUUCGAACCCACGUCGGAGUUUUCACAGUUCACCUUCUCAUAGAUUGUCUCUGAAUUCAAAAUCCAAAUCAUCAAUCAUUGGAUUGCCAAAGUUGCAGAAGUCGGAUCGGGACCUCCGCUGGACCUCCAAGCCGGAAAAUGUUCGGAUGUUCCGGAGCUAUUCCGAACCGGGUGGAAAACCGGUCAUGCAGGUGCCCGAACCGGGUUCACCGAGGGUGUCGUGCAUGGGGAGGGUUCGGUCCAAGAAGGGGAGAGAGAAGAGAACCGGGCUGUGGGCGAGUUUGAGGGCAAUUUUUGGAACCGGGCAAGGAGUGGCGAUUGGUAAGUGA